GUUGGUGUAUUUUCUUCAUUUUCAAUGUGCAACCUGUUGUACAAAUCAUGCUCUUGUGUUGAGUACACAUGAGCCGAAAUGGAAUUCUACCCAAGACGGAAACUCAUUUCCAGACGGCAAAUUCAUUUGAACGAGUUUCGAACAAAAUAUCUACCGUAACAUUUGUACGAUUGCGGCCAAAUCGUCGAWAGCUGGUGGACCGAUGCCGUCCUCGUCAGUGACGGAAUCAGUUUCGUCCUUAAAAAUGUAUAUCAGUCAGAACUUUUUCUGAGAGAAAAUUUCGUCCAAGACAAGUAUAUUAUUUUAUUAGCUUCGUCUUACAAAAAUUAUGCAUGAAAAAGAAAAAAAGAAAAAAAGUAUCACAGAGCUAGGCAAGGAACCACAUCGAAACCCCACAACAGCGUAAGCCAAUUUAAUUGGCUACUUAGGACCCUCAUGAUUAAAUAUGAAAAAUUCUGCAAAACUCAGAGUAUUAAUGCUUUUCAUACCUUGAAAGACUGUUCUUUACAAGUUGGGCACGAACCAGACACGUGUUAAUCAUAAAGUGUGUUUUAAAUGYCCAUCACCCAUCAUGCUCGUGUAUGUGUGGAGUAGGACGCCUUUCCGGUAUGUCUACUAUGACGCUGGUUUCCUGCUGAAGGUCAACGGGUCAAACACGAAUUUGAUUCUUUCCAUAUCUGAACAUGUAACCCAAAAUGUCUAAUUUGUCUGAGCUCUGUGAAUAUUUCCUCAUGUUUUCAAUACGAUCAACACUAAAAUUUCAGAGCUAUAAUGAUCUAAACCUCAAUUGCUAUUAGUUUGGUUUUAGAGUUUGAAGUACCUUCAGUUUUACAACAGUAAUUUGAGAACUUGAAAUGACUGACAUAUCUCCAAUCAAUCAGCCAAUCACAAGGAACCUUUGGACAUGUACGGUGAACUUGACGACCCGGCGCCUUGAGCUGUCAAAGCCACUUUCGUAUUCGCAAUCCCGAAUUCGAGUGCUGAAGACAUAGUUUAAUUACAAGAGCUUGCAUUUUCAUAUUACUUCUAAUUAUCAACGUGUAUUAUCAAUAACGGACUUCAAACGACAGGACUUUUGUCAUGAAUUCCUCUGGUUCUGUAACACAGAAUCCUUCAACCUCGUAUCCAGCACCCAAGCGAAUCAAAGUAAUCAAAACUGGGAACAAUGGAAUAGAAGUAACGCUUGAAACAGAAAGAUCACCGUCAGAAGAACAACARUACAUUGAGGAAAUCUCCAGACCUUCUCCCAAGGAGCCUCUGGACAACUCUGUCGACGCUCAACAAAGAGAUGGGUACUUUGAAAGCGAGAUCGAAAGCAAAAAUGCAAGUUUUGUUAUUUCCGAAGAAGAAUGGGAAACAAUCAAACCUCGUAAAAUGCCAUCUGGUGGAAGGCUGCUGACUGGGCCGUGGUCGCACGUAUUGUCUGAACAUCUAAAGCAAUCCAAUCCACACUGUUGCUUUGCGUUUCACUACAAUCGCUUGAAGACAGAAAAUUCCAGGAAAAGACUGGCUCCUUUUUUCAAAGGGAUUGGAAUUUGCAAGAUCAAAGAAUGUGGUGUAACUGUAAGGCUGCUUAUCCGUGGAAUUAACGAAAAGAAACGACUUGUGGAUGUCUCGUAUACCGGUAAAAUAAGACACAAACUGAAUUACGUGCCGUGGAAGGGAGUGGUUAGAGCCGGUGAGGCACGGAGUGGUAUGAUGUUAUUGGGGUUAGCACGAGAUACGAAGACAGAAAAUGAAAAUGAACAGUAGGAAUUCAAGGUCCAUCCUAAGAAAAUACGUCAAACACCAACAAGACUGAGCAUGGUAACAUUCUUUACAGGAAAACAGA